CUAACAACUCGAAUUCCUACUGAGAAUGGCUACGGCAAUUCAGGAUUUUCCAAAUUGGUUAAAUGAAAAACUACAAGAAUUAAAUACAGAUGAAACUGUUUUUGGGUCAUAUAUACAAGGAAUUUUAGAUAGCGAUGAGUCUUUUGAGGAAAAAAGUGAAGCACUUCAAGGAAUACUUGCGGAAAUAGUUGAAAAUGUGUGUCUCUACUUACCAUUAUUUAUUUUAAUAAUUACAGAAAAGUGGCAUAUUUUUAAACCAAAGGAGCCACCUCCGUCUCAAAUGUCAAGCGAAGAUGUUAACAACAAAUUAGCAAAAUUAUUGGAAUCUCAGUCAUUAGCCAUUACAAAACAAAGGCAGUACACAGAAGAAGAGAGAAAAAUCAGAGAGGCAAUUCUUUCACAGUAUAGUCAAAUGACUGAUGAUGAAGAUGAAAAUGAAGAAAAAAAUGGAACUGUUGACGAGAAUCGUAUAGAAAAAAAUCUAAAUGCUCAGACUGUACUUCAGGCAGAGAAAAGCAAACGGGAGCAAGCACGAAUUGAAAGCCAAAAAAAGAAAGAAAAAGAUAAAGAAGACAGGGAAAAGCAAAAGCAAUUAAAGGAAGAGAAGAAAGAAAAACGUAAAACUGUAAAAGGCGAACGUAAAAGGUAGCAGGUUUUGACUAAGUAAAAUUUCAUUUUUUGUUUAUUGUAAUCCAUUACGUUAUGGUUGUUUUACCAUCCACAAUAUUGUUUGUAUUUUGUUAUUUUUAAAAAUAUACCGGUGAUAAUUUGUAUAAAUUGAUUUAUCGAUGUAUUGAUAACAUUCAACUAUUGUCUUUUGGUUGAUGCUUUAAUAUUUUUAAUGUGUUAUUGAAAUAAAUAGUAUAAUCAAG